AUGCAAAACGAUAUACAGUCGCUGGGAUUUUUUCCAUGUAGUGCACGAAAAAAAAAUAGGUAUUUUCUGGGAGCAGCAGCAUCAGCAGCAGCAUCGAGUGUGAGUGAGGAGGAGAAAAGCGGCAAUCAUGGCAAUGUGGAUGUCCUCGAUGAGCUUGAGUUGCCAGACCAGCAACCCUGCAUUGAGGCUCAGUCCUUGUCUCUCCACUACCAGGCAAAUUUUGACACCAAUUUUGAGGACAGAAAUGCCUAUGUGUCAGGAGUUGCAAAAUACAAAGAAGAAGCGGCAGUACAUGCUGACCUGAAUCAAUUACUUGUUGAAGGGCAGACCUAUGCUGUCAUGCUGUAUACCUGGAGAUGCUGUUCACGAGCUCUCCCUCAGGUGAAAAGCAAUGAGCAGCCCAACAGAGUUGAGAUUUAUCAGACUAUUGUGGAAGUCUUAGAACCACAUGUGUCUAACUUAAUGAGAUUUAUGUACUUCCAGAAACGGGCUGUUGAACGUUUCUGCCGUGAAGUAAAGGAACUAAAACGAAGUGACUUUGUGUCAGAAGCUUAUCUUCUCACUCUGGGAAAAUUUAUUAACAUGUUUGCUGAAUUGGAUGAACUCAAAAACAUGAAAUCCAGUGUCAAAAAUGAUUAUUCUGCUUACAAAAGAGCUGCUCAAUUCUUAAAAGUUUCUUACGAGGCACAGUCUCAACAAGAAUCUCAAAAUCUUUCCAUGUUUUUGGCUACCCAAAACCGGAUCCGGACGACUCUGAAAAAUGAGCUAAUCAACAUUGAGGGCUAUGAGAAUCUCCUAUCAGAUAUUGUCAACAUCUGCCUAAGCAUGUAUGAAAAUAUGAUGUACUUGACCCCCAAUGAAAAAUAUAUGUUGGUCAAGGUUAUGGCUUUUGGUUUGUUUCUGAUUGAUUCCAAAGACAUCAGUAUAUACAAAAUGGAUGCCAAAAAGAAAAUCAAUAUAGGAAAAAUAGACAGAAUUCUUAAACAAUUAGAAGUUGUUCCCCUGUAUGGGGAUAUGCAAAUAGCCCCCUACAGAUAUAUCCAGAAUGGUACCAAUUUUGACCCCUCAAAAUGGCCGUGCUGUGAAUCCAACCAGCCAAGCCCCCAGUCUGAUUUGCUUAUGAAUCUUGAAGCUGUUCGAGAAGAUCACAUGACUUACAUCAGUCAGCUUGCACGUCACACCAAUGAGGCUAUCACUACAACUAGAGAAAGUCUGCGCACAGAUGCUGAGAACAAAGAACUGAGUGAUUUGGCUUUGAAGGGAUUACGUUUGCUAUCAGCCUGGACCCAGCUGGUGAUGGAAUUGUAUUCUUGGAAGCUACUGCAUCCAACUGAUCCUCACCAGAGUCCAAACUGUCCUCCCGAAGCUGAAGAAUACGAAAGAUCAACCCGUUACAACUAUAGCAGCAAUGAAAAAUUUGCCCUUAUUGAAGUCAUUGCUAUGAUCAAGGGUCUUCAGCUGCUGAUGUCUCGCAUGGAGUCUGUCUUCAUGGAUGCCAUUCGACGACACAUUUUUGCAGAGUUGCAAGACUUUGUACAAGUGCGUCUGAGAGACAUCCUUCGCAAAGCCAUAAAAAAGAAAAGUGAUGUAAUCAAGAUGAUCAUCAUGUCAGUUCGAGACACCUGUGCCGACUGGAUCCGAGGGUUAGAGCCACAAGAUGAUCCUGCCCUUCGAGGAAAGAAGGAUCCUGAAAGUGGAUUUGAGAUAAAAGUGCCCCGCAGAAAUGUAGGACCAUCAAGCACACAGCUGUACAUGGUACGAACCAUGCUGGAAUCACUGAUUGCUGAAAAGAGUGGUGGUAAAAGGACUUUACGCAAAGACAUUGAUUAUCAUCAUCUAAUGAACAUUGAUGGCUUUCAUAAAACAUCUUUCUUCUGGAGUUACUUACUCAAUUUUAAUGAAUCUUUGCAAAGCUGUUGUGAUUUGUCUCAGUUAUGGUAUCGGGAGUUUUUCCUUGAAAUGACCAUGGGAAAACGAAUACAGUUUCCAAUUGAGAUGUCUAUGCCAUGGGUUCUGACAGAUCACAUUUUGGAGACUAAAGAAUCUUCAAUGAUGGAGUAUGUCCUUUACCCACUCGAUUUGUACAAUGAUUGUGCACAUUAUGCAUUGACCAAAUUCAGAAAACAGUUUCUCUAUGAUGAAAUAGAAGCUGAGGUCAAUCUGUGUUUUGAUCAAUUUGUCUACAAACUCACAGACCAAAUUUUUGCGUAUUACAAACACUUAGCAGGAAGUAUUAUGCUAGACAAACGUUUUCGAGCAGAAUGUGCCAGUGUUGGUGCUCGUAUCAAUUUCCCCAUAGCCAACCGCUACACAACUAUACUUAAACAGAGGCAUGUACAGAUCCUUGGCAGAUCUAUUGAUCUGAAUCAUUUAAUUGGACAAAGAAUCAAUGCCUCUUUACAAAAAUCUUUAGAUAUUGCAAUCGCUAGAUUUGAAGCAGGGGACCUUACUGGCUGUGUGGAGCUUGAAGGUCUAAUAGAAUGCAAUCGAUUGGCACACAAACUUUUACGCCAGUACCUAACAAUGAACGAUUUUGAUGCUAUGUUCCGUGAAGCAAACCACAAUGUGUCUGCACCAUACGGCCGUAUCACACUCCAUGUCUUCUGGGAACUCUACUAUGAUUUCUUGCCUAACUAUUGCUACAAUGCAGCAACUAACAGAUUUGUUAAAACUAGAUUACCUUUUGCUCACCAGAAUCCUCGAGAUAAAAUCCCCAACCCAUCCUGCCAUUAUGUAUGGGGUACAAAGGCUCUAAACUCUUCUUAUAGUGCCAUCUUCAAUUUAUAUAGUGGUUUCAUUGGUGCUCCCCAUUUCCGCUCCGUUUGCCGGCUACUGGGCUACCAAGGAAUCGCUGUUGUAAUAGAGGAGUUGUUGAAAAUAGUUCGAAAUCUGUUUCAAAACCGCAUUCUGGUGUCUAAACAUUCAAAUGAAAAAAACAGAGCGACAGAUAAAUUUGUCUCUCUGAAAGGGACCACAAUGGAUUACAUCAAGACUCUGAUGAAAGUCAUGCCAAAUGUUUGCAAACUUUUGCGGUAUGACUAUGGAUCCCCUGGUGUCAUGGCCUAUUAUCAGGCCCAAUUGAAUGACAUGAUUCAAUAUCCAGACUUAAAAACAGAAGUUUUCCAGAGCUUUCGUGAAGUGGGGAAUGCUAUACUGUUCUGUAUGCUUGUAGAACAGUCACUGACCCAGGAAGAAGUUUGUGACUUAAAACAUGCAGCACCAUUCCAGAAUGUUAUUCCAAAACCCUAUGUACAAAUCAAAGAUAAUAUAUUAUUCUUUUCAUCUAUUAUAUUAUUCUAUUUUCUUCAUCUAUUAUAUUAUUAUAUUUUCUUCAUCUAUUAUAUUAUUCUCCUUUCUUCAUCUAUUAGAUUCUUCUUUCUUCAUCUAUUAUAUUAUUCUAUUUUCUUCAUCUAUUAUAUUAUUCUCCUUUCUUCAUCUAUUAUAUUAUUCUCCUUUCUUCAUCUAUUAUAUUAUUCUCCUUUCUUCAUCUAUUAUAUUAUUCUCCUUUUCUUCAUCUAUUAUAUUAUUCUAUUUUCUUCAUCUAUUAUAUUAUUCUCCUUUCUUCAUCUAUUAUAUUAUUCUCCUUUUUCAUCUAUUAUAUUAUUCUAUUUUCUUCAUCUAAAAUCUUAUCUAUUAUAUUAUUCUAUCAUCAAUCAUCUAUUAUAUUAUUCUGUUCAUCUAUUAUAUUAUUCAUUUUCUUCAUCAUUUUCUUCAUCUAUUAUAUUAAUCUAUUUAUUGCAUUUUAUAUUAUAUUAUUCCUUUCUUCAAUUAAUUAUCAAUAUAUUAUUCUCCUUUCUUCAUCUAUUAUAUUAUUCUAUUAUAUUAUUCUUUUCUUUCAUCUAUUAUAUUAUUCUCCUUUCUUCAUCUAUUAUGCAUUUUCUUCAUCUAUUAUAUUAUUCUCCUUUCUUCAUCUAUUAUAUUAUUAUUUUUCUUCAUAUAUUAUAUCUAUUAUAUUAUUCUAUUUUCUUUAUAUAUUAUCUCCUUUCUUCAUCUAUUAUAUUAUUCUAUUUUCUUCAUCUAUUAUAUUAUUUUCUUCAUCUAUUAUAUUAUUCAUCUAUUAUAUUAUUCUUUUCUUCAUCUAUUAUAUUAUUCUCCUUUCUUCAUCUAUUAUAUUAUUCUCUAUUAUAUUAUUCUAUUUUCUUCAUCUAUUAUAUUAUUCUCCUUUCUUCAUCUAUUAUAUUAUUCUAUUUUCUUCAUCUAUUAUAUUAUUCUCCUUUCUUCAUCUAUUAUAUUAUUCUAUUUUCUUCAUCUAUUAUAUUAUUCUCCUUUCUUCAUCUAUUCAUAUAUAUUUAUUAUAUUAUUCUCUAUUUUCUUCAUCUAUUAUAUUUAUUAUUCUAUUUUUCUUCAUCUAUUAUAUUAUUCUAUUUUCAUCUAUUAUAUUAUUCUAUUAUCUAUUAUAUUAUUCAUCUAUUAUAUUAUUCUAUUUUCUUCAUCUAUUAUAUUAUUCUAUUUUCUAUUAUAUUAUUCUAUUUUUUCAUCUAUUAUAUUAUAUUAUUCUCCUUUCUUCAUCUAUUAUAUUAUUCUCCUUUCUUCAUCUAUUAUAUUAUUCUCCUUUCUUCAUCUAUUAUAUUAUUCUCCUUUCUUCAUCUAUUAUAUUAUUCUCCUUUCUUCAUCUAUUAUAUUAUUCUCCUUUCUUCAUCUAUUAUAUUAUUCUCCUUUCUUCAUCUAUUAUAUUAUUCUCCUUUCUUCAUCUAUUAUAUUAUUCUAUUUUCUUCAUCUAUUAUUAUUAUUCUUCAUCUAUUAUAUUUUUCUUCAUCUAUUAUAUUAUUCUAUUUUCUUCAUCUAUUAUAUUAUUCUAUUUUCUUCAUCUAUUAUAUUAUUCUAUUUUCUAUUUUUCAUCUAUUAUAUUAUUCUAUUUUCUUCAUCUAUUAUAUUAUUCUCCUUUCUUCAUUAUUAUAUUAUUCUAUUUUCUUCAUCUAUUAUAUUAUUCCCUUUCUUUCUUCAUCUAUUAUAUUAUUAUAUUAUUCUUCAUCUAUUAUAUUAUUCUCCUUUCUUCAUCUAUUAUAUUAUUCUCCUUUCUUUAUCUAUUAUAUUAUUCUCCUUUCUUCAUCUAUUAUAUUAUUCUAUUUUCUUCAUCUAUUAUUAUUUAUUUUCUUCAUCUAUUAUAUUAUUCUAUUUUCUUCAUCUAUUAUAUUAUUCAUUUUCUUCAUCUAUUAUAAUCCCCCUUUCUUAUAUUAUUCUAUUUUCUUCCUUUCUUCAUCUAUUAAUUAUUCUCCUUUCUUCAAAUAUUAUUCUAAAAAUUAUUCUCCUUUCUUCAUCUAA